GCCUCCCGCAGGAUGACACUCAGCGGGGCGCCGGGCGCGCCCCCGAUCAGCAGGCCGAAGGCGCUACAUCGCACGGCCCGGGCACCAUAGCGGGCGCUGCCAACCCUACGGGGACGUUCGGUAAGGAGAGGCGGCAACAGGGCGGGCCAAACAGGCCCCGCGUGGCGCGCCGGGGGCCGCCGCAGGCGGGGCAGCGGAGGGACAGCGGAGGGCACGCGGGGGCGACGACGGGAGACGACGACGACGACAACGGCGGCGGCAAUGACGAUGACGACGACGGCUGCGGCGGCGGCAAAGACGACGACGACGACGGCGGCGGC